AUGUGCAGAGAGGAGUGUAAUGUAGAUGUGGCUUAUUGGGGUGUAGUGUUUUCCAUCCGACCUGCUUGGAGGGAUUCUUGUGGAUAUCCUCUGAAAAGCAGGAAGUCGUUGUUUGAGAACAGUUGCAUGUUUUUACACCCCAACAAGGACUUCAGCACUUACUAUUUUAUGGUUGACAACUCUCAGGAAGAGAGGUUGUCACGAAAACGAAAGAAACUGAAGGAAAUUGCCAAAGAAUCCUGUGGCGAAGAAUCGCUUUGCUUGUUUACUCCAGCUCACGUAUGCCAUUUGGAGAAUACGCAGUUUACAAGCUAUCCAGUUAUUUCCAUCUCGAAGUUUCAUACCGUUAACUCCAGUAUUGGCUCUUUACGGAGUGUGUUCAAUACGAAAAGUUUGGAGUGGAGAAAAUUGAAUAAAAAUGGCAAUCAAUAUAAAUCGCAGCGUAUUAGAUCCUUUUUAUCGGUACAAAAUGCCUCGCCUUCAGGCAAAGGUCAGAGCUGUAUUGUCGAGGGCAAAGGCAAUGGCAUCAAAACCGUAAUUGCAAAUAUGACUGAAAUCGCUAAAGCUCUUGAACGUCCGCCAACUUACCCAACCAAGUAUUUCGGUUGUGAAUUAGGCGCACAAACUAAUUUUGACAUGAAAAAUGAACGUUUUAUCGUUAACGGUGAACAUGACGCAGCGAAACUCCAAGAUAUUCUUGAUGGUUUCAUCAGAAAAUUUGUCCUUUGCGCAGCAUGUGAGAAUCCAGAAACCACUCUUGUCGUGAAGAAAGGUCAAAUUCAUAGCAAAUGUAAAGCCUGUGGGAAUACCUCGAUAAUUGAUCCUAAGCAUAAGCUUUCAACGUUUAUUAUGAAGAACCCACCAAAAGUAGAUGAGAAAGAAAAGAAAGAAAACGGGAGUGGUUCAACGGAAGAUUCUGUUGCUGAUGGAGAAAUUCUUAGUGACAAAGAUGUGAAUGGAAGCGCAUCAGAUGAUCUUGAUGAUGAUUGGGCAGAGCCAAUGAGUGAUCCAACUGGUUGUGUUUCGGCCCAAAUUGGUAAAUUAAUAAUUAGUAAGGACCUUGAUAAACCGAUCGAAGAGCGACUUGAUAUGCUGCAUCAGUAUUUCUUGGCAUGCAAAUCUGAUGGCACACUUCAGAACAGUAAAAAACUACUAAAUGAAGCUGAAAGACUCGAAUUAAAAUCAAAAGCUACUUUAUUGUUGGCUGAUGUAUUAUUCGAUACGAACGUCGUGGUGCAGAUAGCAGAAUAUCGGAAUACUCUUCUUCGUUUUACUGUUAAUGAUCAUAAGGCUCAGCGUCAUCUUCUAGGCGGUAUCGAACAACUCAUCUCAAAACAUGUUGACGUUCUAUUGCCAAAAUCAGCUCAUAUCAUCAAAGCUCUUUAUGACAAUGACGUUGUGGAAGAAGAGGUUCUUCUUGCAUGGGGAGAGAAGCCCAGUAAAAAAUAUGUUCAAAAGAAAUUGUGUGUCGAAAUAAUCAAUAAGGCGCAACCGGUUCUUGAUUGGUUGAAGAAUGCCGAAGAAGAUGAAAGUGAUGAUGAUUCUGAGGAUGGAGCUAUUGAGUUUGAUGAUCGUGCUCGUAAUGUUGGGACGAUUGGUAUUAGUUCGUUAACAAAACCAAAUGGUACUGUACAAUCAGAAAAAGUUAAGAUUGAUGACGAUGGAGAGGAAGUUGACAUUGAUGAUAUUUAA